UGCAAUUACUCCAUGAGUGUUAGACGUUAGUUAUUAGUAGUACCAGCUUAAACACAAUUCACAACAAUUUAGUGAAUUCACCAAACAACCACUCCUCUCUCCAUUCUCCAAAACCCAAUUUCAGAAACCAGUCAAAAACAAAACAAAACAAAACAAAACAAAAAAAUGGGCGAAAAUGAAAAUGAUGAAACCCAAAAUUCAAGCUCUCAACAAUGGCGGAAAAUUCCAGAAUUAGAAGGCAAAGUAGUGAUGGUAACAGGAGCAUCAGCUGGUUUAGGCAAAGAUUUCUGCCUUGAUCUUGCCAAAUCAGGUUGCAAAAUCAUCGCCGCUGCUCGUCGUAUUGAUCGCCUCAAAUCUCUUUGCGAUCACAUCAAUUCUCUCUCCUCCUCCUCAUCAUCUUCUUCUUCGUCUGGUAAUGGUGGCGUGAGAGCAGUAGCAGUUGAAUUGGAUGUUUCAGCUGAUGGAAAAACGAUUGAUGCGUCUGUUAAUAAAGCUUGGAAUGCAUUUGGUUGUAUUCAUGCUCUUGUUAAUAACGCUGGUAUUCGCGGUAAUGUGAAAUCUGCAUUAGACAUAACUGAGGAGGAAUGGGAUAAUACUUUCAAAACUAAUUUAACGGGAGCAUGGUUGGUUUCAAAGUCUGUAUGCAUACGCAUGCGUGAUGCGAAGAUUGGAGGAUCAAUUGUUAACAUAUCUUCAAUCGCUGGUCUGAACAGAGGCCAGCUUCCUGGCUCUGCAGCUUAUUCUGCAUCAAAGGCUGGCCUAAAUACAUUGACCAAGAUGAUGGCCCUGGAAUUGGGUGUAUAUAAGAUUCGAAUUAAUUCUAUAUCACCUGGACUAUUCAAGUCAGAGAUCACUGAGAAUCUUAUGGAAAAGGACUGGCUCAACAAGGUGGCCGUGAAAACUGUUCCUCUGCAAACAUUUGGCACAUCUGAUCCAGCGUUAACAUCUCUUGUCCGGUACUUGAUACUUGACGCCUCAGAGUAUGUAACAGGAAAUAUUUUCAUUGUCGAUGCUGGUGCCACUUUACCUGGUGUCCCAAUUUUCUCUUCUCUUUAGGUAUGCUGUGUGUGGUAUAUUGUUAUGUACUAGUAAUUGAGGAUUUGUGCAAUAUAUUUGUAACUAGGCUGACAAAUAUAGGGUAGAAACCUGUAUUGAUGUCGAUUUGUAGAGUUGCUCAAUCCAAAAGAUUCAUUUUGGAAAUGAGAAAUGAAAUUACAUUCAAUAUAUGUUACUCUUGAUAUAAAAAUUUAAUGAUUAUGCCAUUGAA